GUAAGAGCGGAGUCUACUUUAUCUCAUUAUUCUAUUCCCGUGGAACUCUGUGGAAAGCACUAAAGGGCGCCUUAAGGAUAUCCGUGCAGACCUGAUUUUAUCUUGUCUGAAAAGGUGUUUUAUCAUCAUCUUCAUGCUUUUGUUGAAUAUAAGAUGUCUGGCGCUAGAAAUCCAUUAUUCCUAAAAAUGAGUGAAGUAGCUAAGAGUUUGGUCAUGAUUUUCUUUUGUUGUGGCUCGCUUAACCUUAGGUGACUCUCGAAAAUAAUUACGAUGUAAUGCCUCUUCUGGCGUCAAUCAAUCUUCUAAAUGAUAACCAGGAAAUCCGUCUUCUUGGUGAUAUGUACACUCAUUUUCGAGGAAAAUUUAAGUGCGUCUUCAUUCUUGUUUGACAAGCUGCUGGAAGAAACUGUCAUCUUAUCUCAUCGGCGCCUUCAGUAUUUUCAAUUUGUGAAAUUGAUUGAACAUGUAUUACUUAGCAAGGAAAAGAAGAUAUUUUUUCACCAAGGAUCAUGCUCCCUGGAUUACCCAAGGUAUUUCGAGGAAAAUUUAAGUGCGCCUUCAUUCUUGUUUUGACAAGCUGCUGGAAAAAACUGUCAUCUUAUCUCAUCGGCGCCUUCAGUAUUUUCAAUUUGGGAAAUUGAAGGUAUAUAUUGGGUACAGCUCCUCACUCUAAGAUGCUCUACACGUCCUUGACUUAUGAAGCAGUAGUAAUAUUUUAGGAUUUGCUUUCGGACGUAUAGCUUUUUUACUCUUUUAAACAUCCUUCGCCGGCGUUUAUUAAUUCUUUUAGUACAGCAGCGGCGCUAAUUCAGGGGCUUAUGAGUGGAGAGGGGGUGUACUUUGAAAAACUCUUAUCAAAUUAUCUUCAGACUGAGAGGGAUUAUGAAUCUUUUUGAAUUACACAUUGAUAUGCCAAUGUCCAAGAGAGAGAGUCGUAAUCCCGUCUUGCCGGUCAUUUAGUUCACAACAAAUCCCUGCUGAAAUCCAAUCACAGUAGACCCAGGAAGCAAGGAGAAUGUUGAAUAAUUUUUCAAUAUAUCAAAACAAUAUUAUUAUCCAUACCAAGGUUUUAAAUAGCAUCCAUUUAUAACAAGCAUACAGCUACUGUUUGUGAUGUUUUGUUUGUUAUGUCUUUGCGCAAAGUUAUGCCAUUUUUUAUGUAACCAAUAACCUUAUUGCCCAAGAACAGUAAAGUAUGAAAUGAGUCAAACAUAACUUUUAAAAACAAUUUCGAUGUUGGGUCCAGAAUCAGCUGUUUUGAUUACUUCUUAGAGUGAACAAAUUAUCCAUAAAGAAUCCUGUACAGGUCAUCGCGUUAAUAGCUAUUUUCCUUGGUCAUACUUUUUUUAAACAGAAAAUAAUAAUAAGUCUCUUCCCAACCUAUUUUCUUUUGUUGCCAGGCGAAUUUCUAAGUCGCCUCAACACAAGGACGAUGCUCCUAGGAGCGACACAACAACCACACUUACAAAUUGACUCAGUCAGGGUUCCAUUACCGUCUAAUUUUAGAAGAACUCUAUCGCUUUUGCUCAAUUAGUGUCCAGCACUCAAUCACAGACUUUCAUUUUCCGGUUACUAGUUUUCCUGACCUGCCAAAAGUUGUGCCGCUCUCAUUAACUCCUCUCAAAAAUCAAUAAAUGAAAAAAAAAGUGAUACAUAAAACGAGAACUGAUGGUGAAUAGGGGAUUCUAAAAGAAAUAAUUCCUAAAGCAAAAUUUGUGGGAAGGUGUUUUAGUCUAUUUGGGUUAUCGUGUUGUACGAUAGUUCAACCGAAAGCUCCAUUUUUCUUUAUAUUCUUCAAACGCACGAACGCACUUGUUCCAGCCAAUGUGAGCUGUCGCCGUCAGUCGAAUUGACAACUAAUGGUAGAGCCUCGUAAAUGUUUAAGCUGAACAUCGUAUGAUGGCUUUUAUCGUUUACUGAGGUUAGAUAUUGGCAGACCGGAAGAUCUUCUGACUGUCUCAAGAACCGCGAUAUUUGUGAAGAGCGAAUUGCCGAAGCAGUGCUUAUCUAGUGGCAAAUUUUGGAAACAAAUAUUUGUGCCGAGAUGCUUUAAGCAGGAAGUUUUCGCCCGUCUGGACCUAAAAGGUGUCUUAAAUUUGAGGUUUUGACAAAUAUACCCUGAACAAAAUGAGCCAAGUGUGCUAGGUUUUUGCAGAUUGUUUCUUCUCUUUUUUAAGAAGAAUUAAACUCUAUAGAUCGAGUGGUUUUAUGAUGUUCACUGGCAUGGGAAUAAAGAACUUGUCAAAAGAAAAUGAGUUAUUAUUAACUACCACUUGGAAAGCUUGGCAAGUUUUGUGAUUAUAUUCUCAGAAGGAGGCUUUUGUCUUUAACAAAAAAUUAAUACCACUUAAGCUUUCUUGCAAAACUCAAAUAGCGAUAACAAAAAGAGAUUAGUGUUUUCUCUGUAGUUUUAGUAGCUUUAUCCCCAUCCUAUAUUGUGUUAGCUUCUGCGGUAAGAAAUAAUGUUUAUAUUACAUAUUAACAACGUCGUAUUGUCACUAAUAGCAUCACUGCAAAAACCCUUUGUGCCAGCUUGUAAAAUUAAAAACUAAUCAUCGCGCGCCUCUCUCGCGCGCAACGCGCUAAUUAAGUAUGAUAUCUGCGUUGUGCUUAAAGUGGUCUUCCUCUUUGAAAGCCAUCGCCCACCGGGCAUUAUGUCUCGAACUAAGGCAAGUGUUGAACCUAAUAUAGGUGCCUUAUGAGCGCAGCUGCCCUCGAGGGCAAUAUUACCUAAAGCCAGCCAAAUCGCAAAACAACGACAGGCGAACAAAAACACAGAGGCCAUAGAUGCGUAGGACGUCAGUGGACGCAGGAAUCAUCCCAAGAGUUCUUUUAUUAUAGGUGUUUUAUUUUCCCAAUAAGAUGAAUAACAGUUCACUGGCCUGCGCAAAUGACGCGGGCUCUGAUCAAAUCUUCAAGACUAUCGCCUACACUGCUAUUGCUACAAUGGGACUCGUUGGCAAUGGGCUAGUUCUUGCGGUAUUUCGCCGUCACCGAGAACUGCGAUCCGUCGUGUUUUACUUUAUUGCAAACAUGGCAACAAGCGAUUUAGUCCUGCCACUGUUCGCAUUUCCGAGAGCGCUCGUCGAGAUCUACAAUGGCCCCAUGACCUGGCUAAUAGAUGGCGCAUCGGGUGCCUUUUUCUGCAAAAUGGCAACUUUCCUCCAAGACAUCUCGACAGCUGUUUCCAUUCAGAGCCUCCUCAUAAUUGCCGUAGAGAGGUUUGUUCUCUUAGUGUACCCGACAAAAAGCUUUCUGAAGUCGUCGUGGCGACUUAAAUUGGUUCUAGCCAUAACUUGGUUAAUAGCGAUAGCAUUUCAUGCACCAUACUUGACGAGUUUUCAAGUCGCUUCUUUUGGGAACAAGAUCUACUGCGUCCCGGAAUGGAGUGAGGACACAGCCACUAACAUUGUGACAUCAAAAGCCUACUUUGUGCUCAUAUUUACAAGCCUUUACGCUGUCCCCUUUGUAAUACUAGUGGCUCUGUACACUACAAUAGUGAUUCGCCUCCAAAGAUACAGAUUCAAGGACCAAAACAAUGCGCGCAAGCGGAGAAUUCAAGAUCGGAACCGAACUGUGACCGUCAUGGCUAUGUUUGUUGUCAUCGCAUUUUUCGUUUGCUGGACUCCGUUUUUCGUUUUUGGAUUUUUGCUUUGUUUUCAUUGGAAUCUUCGCUUACCGUGUGACCAAAUCAACUUCCGAUUCACGGUGCUUAUCAUCGCUCAUCUGAACAGCGCAGUAAACCCUGGCAUAUAUAUGUUGUGCAGUAAAGCUUUCAGACAGGGUGUAAGGGCAUGUUUUAGACGGAUGUCAAGCUUUCGAUAAUUUGCCAUAAUUCGUUUUGAAGGGGUCUGUAGCCAUUAAUGAUAGUAGAAGCAAAAUGUUUGGGAAGGUGCUGUCACAUUAUCAUCACAAUUCUAAAAGAGUAUAUUUCAUAGCGCGACCGUGAUGAUGAGGGUGAUAAAUAGCGUGACAACUAACGUGAGAAAUAUUUUCGAAAAAAUAGUUAGUGUAUAGAAUGCCUCGGAUCUUUCAAAUCGAAUCGGACCGAUUCAAAAUGAAACAGUCGUUUUUAGAUAAAGCUGCAGUUUUUUUUUAAACAUACAGACAGACUAGGGGAGGGAAGGGAAGCUAGCUGAGAGAAGCACAAAACAGAGAGAAAAGCGUGCAUUAAAAUUGAGUUAGAAAGAAAAGAAAAUGUUACUUUUAGUAAUUAAGCUAAUGAUACUCCGACUCUGUGUUAGAAGCCAAAAAAGAAAAUGAAAUAGAUUUGAUACCGGAAGAAGGAAAAUAAAAAGGUUGUUGUGAUCGCUUAAUUUGGUUCGCUUAAGUUAAUUUGUCUGUGUAUGAAGAAAAUGGACGCCGGUGUCUCACUUCCGAGGCGAUUAUUCACGCGCCCUUUUAAACUACAGAACAUACUAUCUUAACUUUUCUAUAUUAAAAAUGGAAAAAUGGAGUCUAUAGUCCAGCCUGAGGGGUUUGCGGUUUUAAGAAUAUUGUAUGACUGUGUACACACUGAAUGAAGAUUUAUAGAAUUAUGAUAAAGCACGUUUUUCUACGCAAAUCUUCUUUGAUAAGCUUUGUAUUUUCGUAAAACAUCGUUUUUCAUUGAUAUAAACCCGCGCUAUUACCGGCCCAGUUGAUGUUGUAGUUUGAUAAAUCCAAACCAAGAUCGAUUUCCUUCCAUCAAUGAUUUGGAUUGGUCGGCGAGUCCGCGCUGUGGCAAUGGGCGUGCUAAGAGAGACUUGACUGACAUAGUUGGCUAAGAGUAUCUUUAGUGCUUUCUCUAGAUCUAAUAAAAUAUUGACUCUUUCUUCCCUUUCGCCGUCGCCCUGUCUUCUGUUUUUUUUUUUUCUUAUCGCUCUGAUACACAUUUUCAUAAAGCCUAUUGGCAAGGAACGGGCUAAAAUUGCCGGAAUGCACUAUUCCAGUAUCUGAUACACAUUUUCAUAAAGCCUAUUGGCAAGGAACGGGCUAAAAUUGCCGGAAUGCACUAUUCCAGUAUCUCAUUAUAACUGCAAUAUCACCAGUUUACUUCCGGUCAAUUACGUAACUAUUUCCGGUGAUUUUUAACGGGAAACGCGAGAAAAAAUUUAAAUUGUAAAAGCUGUGUUUCUUUUGAACGUUUCUUUAAUCAUGUGACUUAAAAUUUAGAGUGGAUGGCCUGUUAGAUAUAUAAUCCUUUGUCUUUUAUCGGUUGAGGUUUUUCGCGUGGGUCGCCCAUCCCCUCCCAUCCUUAGAGGGCCCAUGCUCGAGAGCCCGCAAAGUACGCUGGAUCCUCGAGCAUGCCGAGGGCCGAACAGUGGGCCACUUCUUAUUGAAGGAUUGUCAAAUAUUCCAUCUUAUUUUCAUAUGAUAUUGUACAUUUGCCACUAACGACGAGAAACCAUUUGCGUUCAGUGCUACACGCUCUACCACGAGAAAUGAAAAGGAUCUCAGCCAUCGGUGCAUCUACCGAAACUUAUAUACUUUGUUUAUAAAUCGAAAGCAAUAAAAUUUAGUUAAUUAUUAAUUAUUAUUGUCAAGUGUCGAAUGGAAGCUCUAAUACCGAAAAAGGCUUAUGGAGAUAAAUUACUCUCACUGUGUUACUAAUUUGGUGUUUGGGCUGUUAUGCUUCGCCACCAUCCAGAAUAUUUUAGGACUUGAAAUGUUGAAUCGAGGAAAAGGAAGAAAAUGAUGUGAGGGAUUGUUUUCCACCGA